AUGGUGUCGGCCGACCGCCAGACCAUCAUGGAGACCAACAGGUCGCUCCGCAACAUUAAGACAGAGCUCGAGAACCUGCUAGAAAAGGGCGUCAUCGACGAGGCCGUCUUCGACCAGAUUCACGCCGCCCUGCCCGACGAAUCCCCCCUCCACGGACCCCUCCGCACCGCGACGAGCAGCAACGCAUCCCCCGCCCCUGCGCGAAGCAGCCCGGCGCCCAACAACAACAGCAACUCGCCUCCCCCGGCCCAACAGCCCCCGACGCAGGCGUUCCAGAACCUCGGCAUCAACUCGACGUCACCCGCGCCGCCGUCCUACAACGACACGCCCCCGCCCAACGUGCCCGACCGCAGCGGCAAGCCCGUCAUCGCCCACGCCCGCGCCAUAUACCGCUACAGCGCGUCGGACGCGCGCGACGUCAGCUUCGAAAAGGACGACAAGAUCGCCGUGCACGAGUACAUGAACCAGGACUGGUGGAUGGGGCAGAACCUCCGCACCGGGCAGGAGGGCAUCUUCCCGCGCAACUACGUGCUCGUCGAGCCGGACCAGGAAAAGGCCCAGCAGCCCUAUCCCGGCGCUGCGUACCCAGCUCAGCCGCAGUACGGAUAUCCGCAGGGCCCCCCGCAGCAGCAGAACCCUUACAACUCGAGCGUGCCGCCCAUGGCCGUCGCCGAGGGCGGACAGCCGGCUGGAGGGCAGCAGGGCGACAACAAGGUUGGCGAGUACGGAAAGAAGUUUGGCAAGAAGCUGGGUAAUGCGGCCAUUUUUGGUGCUGGCGCGACGAUUGGUGGCAACAUUGUCAACAGCAUCUUCUAG